AUGGCGAACCCAUCCCAGCUCUUCCUCCUCGCCGACCACAUCAAACUCUCUCUUCUGGAGCGACAACGCGCCAUUUCUCUCGACUUAGAACCCAACGCCCAAGAUGGCGAGAUCUCUCGUUCCCUCGAGUCCCUUCAAGAAGGCAUCCAAGCCGUCGAAGCCGAGCAGGCCCGGCUAGCGGAUUCGCACGACAGUACUGGCGCCGCAGCGCUAAAGGACCAACUGAUUCCUCUGCACGAGCAAUAUCGCGACCUUGCAUCACAAUUUUACGGCGAAUCGGCGCAGGCGUCGAAUUCCGUAACCCCCGACCUUAAGCAGCCCGUUCCCCAACAUCCGCCGUCUAAGUCCGUGCGGUUCAUGGAUAACUCCGCCGCCGCGGCAGCCAUCCAGGAAGAGAUUGACGACGAGGAGAAUCGCAACCGACAGAAUCUCUUCCGUCCGUAUCGUGAUCAGCCCUCGCCGCCAGGUCCUGACAUGUCGAACAUGGACAAUGAACAAAUUUACUUGCAUCACGACCAAGUCAUGCGUGAUCAGGAUGACCAGCUUGACCGAUUGGGCGAGUCCAUCGGAAGACAACACCAACUGAGUAUCCAGAUUGGGGAUGAACUUGAUGGUCAUGUCGCGCUGUUAGAUGGUAUGGAUGGCGACGUGGAACGGCAUCAGGGCCGACUGGAUACUGCGCGCCGACGGCUGGACCGGUUCCGGCGCAAGGCGGGUGAGAACUGGAGUAUGAUGACCAUCAUAGGGUUGAUUAUUGUUUUGGUUAUCUUGAUUGUCAUAUUGAAAUAG